AUGCACUGGCCUUGCGGCGGAAAGUGUGGUGCGACUGUGCAAAGGGACUUGCAGGCAAAGGCCUAUGAUGGCAACUUUCCCAAGCUCGUGUUUUGCCGUUCCUGUGCUCAAAAGCUUUAUGGGAGUUGGCGCGCGAGGGUGUGCAGAUCGCCGGAGUGCAAUGAAUAUGUUCAAUACAAAAACCUUCUCUAUGUUUGGCAGGGGCUCCCCGAACCCGAGCUUUGCUCAAAAUGCAAGCAACAGGGUGUGGAAGGAAGGAAGCAAGAGGAGGAUCUGUGGCGCCUGAAGAAAUGCCAAGAGUGCAAUGAGCAAUUUGAAUUCUACGUGCCGCAAGAUCCACACCACUGUGCCAAGUGUGCGCAGAAGAUGGCAACAUCCUUGCCUGAUGCGUGCGAAGCGGAGGCCCAAAGUGAUGUCGCCACCGAUGAGUCCGAGCUCAGUGAUUGGUCAGUCAUUUCUGAGCUGAACUUGCCAACGUGGAAGCCUCGGAUUGGCCAAAACUGUGAGGAGUGCUCCGCCGAAGUUUCUGACCAAGGCCAGCAGUUUAACUGCCAGUCAGGCCAGCAUUGCUUCUUCUUGUGCGGCUCCAAGGGCUGUGCCAAGAAAUUCCUGAAGAAGUGCGAGGACUCUGCAAGGCGGUGGGGCAAGUCCGGCAAGAAGAAGCUGGACUUUGCGCAGCACACGGGCUCGUCACCUUGUCCUUCUUGUGGCCUUCUGCUCAUUGAGGAGAAAAUCAAGAGUCAGGAGCAGUCGGCCUGCCUCAUAAGCAGCAAAGGUCCAACGUGCUUUCUUUGGGGGACAUUGAUGCCCACGUUUGAUGAGAGGUUCACACUCAUACAGCAGCUGCAAGAGGGCGACAAGCUAUUCUCUGCCGACGGGGCAGUUGUUGCGGUGAAGUCCAUUCAGUUCACCGAAGACGCAGAACAGGAGCUGCUUUCCUUCCACACUGCGAGCGCUUCCCAGCUUCAAUGA